AUGUCCAUGUUAGUACGUCCCCCGAAACGAAAGAUCCACGAGGUCGAGACUCUAGACGAUGGGCCUCGAAAGUACAGCUCAGGGAUCAUGCCCACUCCCAGUGUACACCUUUCAUCCCGACCUCCUUCUCGUCGAUCGAGUGAACACAGAGAUGCAUCCGGAGAUUCGCGUCCACCGUCGCUGAGAGAAUUACACUCGAACCGCGGAUCCCCGGUACUGUUUGAACAUGGCCAUCUUCAAACCCCACGCACCUUCAGCCCGAAGGCAUCCAUCGUAUUGAUCGGAAUCCGUGGCACGGGAAAGUCAAGUCUGGCGGUCAUCCUUGCGGCGACAUCCGGACGACGAUUGAUCGAUGCCGACCGCUACUUUCAACAGAGUGUGGGAUGUUCCCGUGCUGUGUUUAAGAAGGAAAAUGAUGGAUCCGUCUACCGGCAACAAGAGGCGCGGGUCUUUGAGUCGAUGUUGGCAGACAACCAAGAGGGAUGUGUGAUUGCGUGUGGGGCCGGGUCGAUGGAACGCAACGGCCAAAGGCUUCUUAGGGAAUUUGCGCAGUCACAUCCGGUUAUCCACGUUAUUCGAGAUCCAGAGAGCAUCCAGUCGUAUCUCAAAGCGUGGGAUACGCAAAAGGUCCGACAUUUCCUAGAAUUGUCAGGCCCGAUAUAUCGAGGGUGCUCGAAUCUCGAGUUUUUCAAUCUAUCUGAGGCCAGAAGCGAUGAUCUGUACAACGAUAGCGACAAUUCAUCACCGGCGCAUCGAACAGAACCUAGAUCGCAUACCCCCAUUCCGUUUCUAACGUUGAAACGAGUUCAGCGGGACUUUCUCCGCUUUAUUGCCUUUAUCACCGGUGACAUUGCAGAACUUAACAGCCAGCAUGCAUCUUUCCCGCUGUCGCUGUUGCCUGUGGAAUCUCGCAUGUACACAUCUGCAGUGUCAGUACCAUUUUCUAAGGUCUGUGAGACGGGUAUGGAUAUUGAGGAGCUAGAAUUCACUGCCGAUGCCUUCGAACUGGCAGUCGACGUAACAGACUCUUCUGGGCAGCCAGGCCUCAGCUCAGGUCUUGCAGACAGUAUCAGUCAGGCGGUAGCAAUCAUCCGUCGCAACAUCAUUGUGCCGUUGAUAUAUCAUGUGGAAAGCUAUACCCCCUCCACAGGAUCUCUGUCUCCGAGUCAAGUUCCUGUGAGAUGUACCGAUGAAACCUACUUAAACCUCGUCCGACAUGGCUUGCGGCUCUCCACCGGUUUCCUCACAGUAGACCUCACACGUGAGGACAACAUUAUUUCCCAGAUCAUCUCUGCAAGUGGGCGAACCAGGAUCAUUGGCCACUUCGAAGCCUUUCAUCCUCUGCCAGGGGGCUGGGAUGGCGAUGAGUAUAUGAAAGUUUAUGAGCGGGCCAAAAGCCUAGGAUGCGAUAUAGUCCGACUGUGCCAACCAGCCGAGACACCUGAAGACAACCUCGCGGUGCAAAGAUUUCGCCAUCGCAUCCAAAGCCUGCCUGUUGCGGGCAUUUCUCUGAUCGCCUAUAACACCGGCCCUCUUGGCCGCAUGUCUCGCUGCUUCAACCCUAUCCUCUCCCCAGUCACACAUCCGUCCUUAGUAACGGAACUUCCAACUCAUCUACGGUCAUGUAUCACAGCCCGCGAAGCGCAGAAGGCGCUUUAUAGCUCAUUUGCCUUGGACCCGAUGCAAUUCUUUGUAUUUGGCGCCAACACGACAUAUAGUAUGUCGCCCGCGAUGCACAACACUGCUUUCAAAGUCUGCGGUUUGCCGCAUAAUUACUCCAUUCACCAAUCACCUACCCUACGUGGGUUAAAUGACCUUGUGGAAAAUCAAUACUUCGGUGGAUCAAGCGUCAGUCUUCCGUACAAAACAGAGUGUAUUCCUCUGCUCCACUCAAUGUCUGCGCAUGCGCGAGCCAUCGGCGCUAUCAAUACCCUCAUUCCAAUCCGCAACCUCGAUGACCUGGACGACACCCGCCUUCAAGAAUCUUCAGUCUUUCUCCAAAAGAGCCGUGCCGGCCCUAUCAAGGGCCUUCACGGCGAUAACACCGAUUGGAUCGGAAUCUGCAAUUGCAUUCGCCGCGGUCUGUCUCCGGCAAAUGCGGUACGCUCAUCGUCGACAGGCCUUGUCAUCGGAUCUGGUGGAAUGGCCCGCGCUGCAAUUUACUCCAUGAUCCACCUUGGUGUGCAAAAUAUAUUUGUCUACAAUCGUACACUCGCCAAUGCGGAGAGACUGGCACACCACUACAAUCGACAGGAUCUCCACUCAAAAGAGGCCAGCGGGUCUGGCCGUCCCACAGUUCGCAUCAUUGCUUCAUUAUCCGACCCCUGGCCCGAGGACUUCAAACAGCCCACAAUUGUUGUAUCCGGAAUUCCGGCUCAUAGCAUUGGUGGCGAGCUAGCACCCAACUUCCGCAUGCCAACACAAUGGCUAGAGAGCCCGACAGGGGGCGUUGUUGUUGAUCUGGCAUACAAGCCCCUCAAUACCCCUCUUAUGAAACAAACACGAGCUUUAUCCCAUCGUGGUUGGGUAGCCCUGGAUGGUCUUGAUGUUCUGCCAGAGCAAGGUUUCGCUCAGUUUGAACUGUUCACCGGCCGCCGCGCUCCCCGGCGCGUUAUGCGCAGCAUUGUACUCCAAGAGUACAAAGACGACGAAGGAAAUAAUGACCACGAAGCGAUACAAGACAGGUUACAGCAAAUGGACGGACAACCGACUUGA